UGGCAAAGCUUCAAACAUGGCUGAAGAAACAGCACACACGAAAACCGUAGUUACCGUACUACAGGCAGACGAGUUAAAACACGAUGAUCCCACCACAACGGUGAACAAGGCUGAGACUUUGAAGGAAAAUCUCAGCACAAAAUUGAGUAAUAUACCAGUGGUCAGUUCAUCAUUACAAACCGUCACAAAGACAUGCAAUACCAUCAAAGAAUCGAAUUCCUAUGUCGGGUAUGGGAUGAACGUCGCUGAAUCGUCGCUUGAGAAAGCAUUCAAAGCUGGAAAAGCUGUUUUAGACUCGAGAACUCUAGCGCCGAUUACAAAUUCUGCAAUGGAGAAUAUUCGGUAUCUUGACAAAGAAGCUGGAGUUAUGGUUGAUAAGUUCUUAAAAUCAACUGAUAAUCAAGGAGAUGAAGUGCAAGCCAAUGGAGCGGUUGAAGAACUCUUAACCAAAGCAACCGAAUCUGGUAGUCUUGCUGUUCCGAAUGAAUCAAUGAUUCUCUAUUUAGGACGAAAACUUUUCCAGGUCACAUCCUUUCUGGUAUUUUUACCAUACCUUGGACCGAAGUUUGCGUUGACUACAAUACUAGGACUGUUCCAAGGAAGCGCAAUCCAGGCUGGUCGCAAGCGUAAAGAACGUGGUUCUCUCUCGGAGGAAGUGAAAUACAUGGAGCCAUCGCCUGUGAAAAGAAAAUAUGGCGACCGACAGAGCACGUCGUCCGAGGAGGGGACAUUGGUCGAAAUAACUCGUGACUAUGUGAGCGAAGAUGAUUCCAAUUAUGUACCAGAGGAGCACGAGUCCGAGGAAUCCAGCGAGGAGUCUGGGGAUGAAGAAAAUAGAGAGGAGAAGGUGAAAGAGUGUUUGGCUUUGACCGAGGAAUUGGAAGAGAUGGGCAUUCCUCUCUCUGCUACAAGCAAAAAACAAGUGGAAAAGAUGAAGCACGAAGUGCAAGAGAUUGAGGCGAGUAAAUUACCUCCUGCCGCGCUUGGGGAAACAAAAGAAGGUGAACCAUCUUCCACUCUCGACCGAAAACAAACCUCGAAACAAACGACAGGUGAAACGGAAACUCAAGGAAUAGUCGGAGGUAAACUCUCUGAUCCGAAAGUAAACAAAGAAAAACGGGAAGAAAUACCUCUUAAGGAGUUUGCAAACGAAUCAGCGAAAGGCAAAACGGAAGUAGCGAAAGACGGCGGCGAGGUGAAAGAGGGAAAGAUUGACCCUUCCUCCAAAACUCGAAAAAGCACAAAGUCGCCAUUGCUCGAAAAACUGCUUUCGCCAGGAAGAAGGAGCAAACGAGGGCAGAAAGAUAAAACGAAAUCUCCCGAAGUAGAACGUGCGGGUCAUUCCGAAGAUGUCGCCGAGGCAAACACGAGCAAAGACGAUGAUAAAUCGGCCAAGAUUCAAGCGGAAAAGUUAAGCGAUAGUUCGAAAGUUACCAAAGUUGAAGCAAAGGUGGAAGAGACAACGAAAUCAAAAGGAAAGUCUGAUGAUGGGCAAAAAAAGUUGGAGCAAACAGAAAAAGUAAAAUGCGACGCGAAAACAAGCGGAAGCCAUGAAAACGAACCACUAUCAACUAUUACUGGCGCUUUUAAUUUGAAGUUUGGCGGGAAAAAGUCGAAAUGAGUUAUAUUAGUGUGAGAAUGCGCAGGUGAACAUCCUUUCAAACAAAACAGAAAAUAUGAUAUGCAUAGCAAAAAAAAAUGAUUGACCUGACUUUAAAGUCAAAAUAUUUGACUUAGAAUACAGAACUUAAUAUAUUCAGUGUAAAAUUUAGUGUUUUUCAACGUGAUUCAGUAAAAUGACCGGCACCUGCAUUGGUAGAGUUUAACUUUAAUCAUUGAGGAAUUGGGGAUAACUAUUAGUGUAUGACUAAAUUGAAUGUGUAAGCAUGCUACCUUGCCUAAAUAAA